AUGGAGCCUCCUCCUCCUCGUCGGGCCGGUCUGCGGUCGCCGGUGCCUCCUGCCGCUGUAUCACCAAACCCAUCCCGUUCAACGUCGAAGCAGAGCAGUCGGCCUGGCUCAAGCGGAAGUGACGCUUCGGCAUCCUCGAGCCUCUCUGUCGUGAAAAGAUCCCCCUAUGUCCACCAGCUACCCAAAUUCUCGUUACAUAACAAUAUCAGUAAUACCUCUCUGCCUUUCCACACGAGACCGUCCGCCCAAUACAUGCCUCGAGAUGGAACUGCGAAACAGAACCUAGCUCCUCCAAGUGAACUUCAGAAGCACCGCCCUCGGCAGCACUCUCAGGGAUACUUCGAGCCAUCGAUGCCAUCAGCCUCUCUUGCAAGCCAAUCGGCCCUUCACGACAACACAGGCAUGCACGGCCUCACGCCAUCCCAGAUUGCGGCGCAAGCUGCAAUGCAACACCUGAAUGCGGCCAACCACAACCGCAGAAGAUCCCAGACUGUGCCAUCUCCGCAAGAGCAGAAUCAGCAAGAGAUUCGUCGGGAAAGCCGGGGCUCGACAGGUUCUCACGACGCUCAAACGUCGCCUACAGCUCUGGACCAGCAAUACCGGAACGGCUUGGUGGGUACUAAUGCGGCCGCCACAGCAGCAAGUGUGGUAUUCCCGCGCAAUGCUGCUUCAUCGAGCCAAGUAUCCUUGAUGGAAGAGGAAAAGUCCAAGAAGGGGUUGAAAAGAUUUAGACCAAAACAUAUGGUGCUAUCACGAGACAAGGACAAAGAAACGAAGGAGAAACCUCCACCAUCACCCAACAGACACGCCCCAAGCGGUCUAUCCAAGGUCAUGAAUGCUUCGACUACAAGUCUGGCUGAAUCCCUCUCAUCCACCAACUCCUCUCUCUAUCAGAUGGCUAACCCAUCGUCAUCAACCAUCGUCUCUUUCUCAGAGGCAAAGGACAAGGCACACAAACAUCACGGCCUACGUCAGAAACUAAAACUGAAGGACAAGGAUGAAUCCUAUGCACUACCCUUGUCAUCCGCGAAUUCGAAUUCGCGACCUGUGGAUAUCAACAACCCAUCAUCACUUUACUCGUUCGCUCCGUCCUCCCCUGCACCGUCCUCCAGCUUCUCGAAGACAGUCUCGGGGUUGGACCUGCGACAUGGAGGCCGCGCCCUACGAGAGAAGAAGAAAGAGGAGAAGGCUCAUGCUCUCGCCAGUCUUGAGCCUGUUUACAGUCGUGGCGAAAGCGACACCUCUGAAUGGCCGUCGUUGGGCACGAGUUUCACCAACUCAUCCGUGACCAAUUUCAAUUCAUAUACCGAAGUUAAAGAAGCGGGUAUAAGUUUUGGUCUAUCCAAUAUGUCAGCCGAUGAUGCCUGGGACCUUCUCAGAGCCAAAAUACUCGUCGUCUUUGAAGGUGAGGCGGUGCGGAUUGCGGUGGAAGACUUGAACAAACUGGUCACCAUUCACGUGCAGAGGUGCGUUCAAAGAAGAGAUCCCAGCAUUAUCAUUGGAGAUCUGGAAGAUCUACUGAAGACCGGUUUUCUCAGCCUCAACCAUACUUUGCGCCAAGUGUCGGAUGACAGACUCAUUCCCCAUCUAGUGAGCAUGUGGACUCUGGUGUUUGGUUCCAUUUUGCCGUUCAUGCAAGCGGUCUUUCUUCCCCUGGACCAAGAAUUCAAAGGCAGAGGCAGCAUACUCACCAGUCCUAAACUGGCAGCGGAAUUUUGGGGUGCUUUACCAAGCGCUGAAACCGGCAGUACUUUGUCAUCGUCGCCUGCUGCUGGGGACGGCGCCGGCUACGCUGUGUCUGCCGGAGAAGAAUUGGAAGUGCGACGAAUCCUGCUCAUUGCAUUCCGAGACAUGAUCGUUCUUCCCCGGUUUGAGGUGUUGAAAGCGACUUUCUCUCGACUCAGCCUUGAAAGUAUCAAUGCGACCUUGUCACAUUUCGAUGGUGGCAAUAGAAAUCGUGGGAACAGUGGGGGUAGUGACAGACCGGCCACUGCGCAAGGCAUCGAGCCGAUGUAUGGCAGCUACAACUCUCAGAGCAGCACGCUGCUGGGAAGCGUGGGGUCUGGCGGCAGGUCUCGAGCAACCUCGAACCUCUCGGUGGUGAGCAAUCCAGCGCAGGACGUGGCUUUUCAGUCCUUUAGUUCUCCACCAGCGGCCAGACCAACCGAUAGCUCAUCGGCCCAGGUCACCGAGACUGUUGGCCGAAUGCUCCAGUGCCUGUCAGUCCUAUGUUCAAUCCAGUCAGGGGACGAUGCUCAGGGAAAGAUGGAAGAGCUCAACAGACAGCUCAAGUUGAAUUGGCUCGGUCGUGGGCGCACCGGACGCAACAGGAAGGGGUUCGUUGGGAGCAGAGUCAGGCCCAUGGGUAGCGUGAGCUCCACGAUACGGGAGUUCAAUCGCGAUGGCAGCCCAACUCCCACGCCUACUAGGCAAGGGACCGUCAGCAGACAAGACGAGACCGCCCGAGGUGCCGUAUAG